ACGCCUCACGGCUGCCGCAGCAACUCUCUCCCUCCCAAAGAGCAACACACAUCCACGCGAGACAUGAGACUACGCUAUAAAGCUCCCAGUGGCGGCGGGACCCUGGACAUCUCCGACGAUGCCGCGACGGUGGGGGACCUUCUCACGGCCAUUCGAGCUGCUACAGGUUACGUUGACGUCACAGUCAAGUACGGCUGGCCUCCCAAGGCGCUGACCGCGGAGCAGAGUGGCGAGUCUUGUCUGAGCCUAGGUUUGCAGAGGGAGAGUUUGACCGUCGUCCCGGCCGAGGGCGCAUCGGCGCCGGUUCCUUCUGCUUCGGUACAAACACCAAAUCCGGCAGGGACAAGUACACCAUCAGCCUCAGCACCAGGCGAAGCAAAGAAGGGAGGCGGGGGGGUGGAGGACCAAGGCGUGAGUGUCAAGAUACCAGAGAAUGGGUCAGAACUAGUGCUCCGGGUCAUGCCCGAUGACAAUAGCUGUCUCUUUACCGCUGUCGGUGGUGCCUUGCGCGGACUUCCACCCUCCUCCCCCAAGACAUACACGCCGGAGCUCCUGCGCCGCAUCGUAGUCGAGCACAUCCAGUCCAACCCAUCCAAAUACACGGCUGUAGUUCUCGAGGCGGAGCCGUCGGCAUACUGCGCGCGCAUGCUCAGGCCAGACACCUGGGGCGGCGCGAUCGAGCUGGGCAUAAUCUCGGAGGUCUUUGAGCUCGAGAUCUGCAGCGUCGACGUCAAAACGAACAACAUAUACCGGUACGGCGAGGGAAUGGGCUACCAGCAACGAUGCAUUCUUGUAUACAGCAACAUCCACUAUGACAGGAUAGCCGAGAGCCUAGUGCCUGGCUCCGCGGACGUUGACUUCGAGGUGGUACGUUGGGAUAUCGAGGGUAGCGAUGGAUAUCUGAUUAAGGCGCAAGAGCUGUGCCGGAUAUUGAGAGAAGAACACCAUUACUUUACAGACACGAGUGAGUUUGUGGUCACUUGUAAUGAGUGCGGCUGGGUAGGCCAGGGCGAGAAGCAGCUUGUGCAGCACUCAAGCCGCACGGGGCACACAGAUAUCUCGGAGAUCGCCGAUCAUGGGAUAUGAGUUGAUUGAAAAGUAUGUGCUACUGAGAAGCUCCAAGGUCCUUGCGCUCAAUUUUUGUGAGCAGCGGGAAUUACUCGAAUGGGGUUUUUCUUUUCGCUACCGGCAGCGCAGCGCUGAUUGGCAAUGACAGAAGCGCAUUUCAUGGAGCAGGG